AUGAGCAUGGAGCGUCCUCCAGGCGCCAAUGCCUCUGCUUUGGAGAAAGAGAUUGGUCCGGAACAAUUUCCUGCGAAUGAACAUUACUUCGGCUUGGUUAAUUUUGGGAAUACCUGCUACUGUAACUCGGUCCUCCAGGCACUUUACUUCUGUCGUCCUUUUCGGGAAAAGGUUUUGGCCUACAAAGUCCAGCCCCGCAAAAAGGAAAGCCUUCUGACGUGCUUGUCAGACCUCUUCAACAGCAUUGCCACCCAAAAGAAGAAAGUGGGAGUCAUCCCCCCCAAGAAGUUCAUUUCCCGACUGAGGAAAGAAAAUGAGCUGUUUGACAAUUAUAUGCAACAGGAUGCACACGAAUUCCUGAACUAUCUAUUGAACACAAUUGCGGACUUGCUACAAGAAGAAAGGAAGCAGGAGAAACAGAAUGGCAAACUCCAGAACGGAAGCAUUGAGAGUGAUGAAGGGGAGAAGACGGAUCUCACGUGGGUCCAUGAAAUCUUCCAGGGAACACUAACAAAUGAAACUCGGUGUUUAAACUGUGAAGCUGUAGGUGGCUCUUUACGUUUUCCUAAACUCUUAACAUGGUUCUUUUCCAAGAGUGUUGACUGUUUUUUCCCCUUUUCUUAUUUUGAGUAUAUAAACAGAUGAAUGGUUAUCUCCUUCUAGCUGCUAA